AUGAAGGAGCUUGGCGACAUCGUCAUUGACUCAGCGUCGUCUAUCGCAGAUGAGCUCGACGACGAAUACAGAGCGAUGGACGUUGAAUGUAAAGAUGCAAGCGCGCGAAGCGCGCCAGGCGAGCAUGGCGGCAUACUGGAGAAAGUGCGCCAUCACGAACAGAUCCGCCAUCGCGGUUUAAGUGCUCCAGCCGCACACUCCGAUGCAGCGCUGGAAGCGGAAUUCAAACGGAUCGGCGAGCAGUGUGAGCAACGAAUGCUCGAAGAAAAAUUGCGCGUCAUUGAGGAGUGCGAAAAGCGUCGGCAGGAGGAAAAACGACGCCUACUUCACGCCUCACUCCGGCAGCCUACGCGCGUCACUGCAAGGCAGCCAGAACCAGCAGUGAACGGAAGCCACUCCGAAAGCUUCGAGCUGCUGAACCAAAGCCAACUUUCGGCAAGAAAGUGCACGAGCCGAGAGUUGCCAACGUUCUCCGGGGAUCCGCAGGAGUGGUCGGUGUUUAUUGCCAAUUAUAAACACUCUACGGCCAUCUGCGGGUACACCAACGAGGAGAACUUACUUCGACUUCAGCAGUGCCUUAAGGGGAAGGCACGGGACGCCGUGGAAAGUUGCUUAUACCAUCCGUCAAGCGUACCGGAGGCAAUCGACAUCCUGACAGAGUGCUAUGGCCGCCCGGAGCUCAUUGUGGAGUCGUUGAUGACCAAAAUUCGACGGAUGCCACCACCAAAGGACGACCGAUUUGACACCCUGGUCGAUUACGGUGUCGCGGUCAGGAACCUGUGUGCGGCGAUGAAGAGCUGCGGUCUACAGGAGUAUCUCAGCGGAGGAUCGCUGUUGAACGAGCUGGUGGAGAAGCUGCCACCGACGGUGAGGCUGAACUGCUUUUACCAACGGAACAUCAACGGGGGGGCAACAUUGUUGGCCUUCAACGAUUGGAUGAAGGAGCUAGUCAGCGCAGCUUGCCAGGUUGUUAAGCCAAUCUCCCGGGACUUACAACGCGAAGGUGGUGGUCGCUCAGGCCACCCGCGUAAGUACGCUAACGUAAACGUCCAUGACUCAGGUCAGUCUGCAGAGUCCGUCACCGUGAAUCAUGGGGAACCCUGUUCCGUGUGUUCAGGGAAAUGUUCCAGUCUGGCAGAGUGCGGCAAAUUUCUCGGCAUGGACGUCAAUUCGAGAUGGCGGUACAUCAAGACCCACGCCGUGUGCAGAACCUGCCUGAAGAAACAUCCGCGUUUCUGUCGUGUGGAUGUGUUGUGCGGUGUGAACGGGUGUAACCGACGGCACAACAAGCUGCUCCACGACGAGGAUUUUGUACGAGAACGCCAGUCAGGAAGAGCCGCCGAGAAAACGAUGAGCUGCAACCUCCACGUUGGUCCGUAUGAUGGUGUGCUCCUCAAAUACAUCCCGGUGACGCUACACGGAAAGGGCAGAACCAUCAAUACGCUCGCACUGUUGGAUGACGGUUCGACGGCGACCUUUAUGGACCACUCGUUGGUGGAAGAGCUGGGUCUUGUCGGACAACCCCGUCCGCUCUGUAUCUCCUGGACGGGAAACCAGGGACGUCGAGAGGAGCAAUCGGUUGAAGUGUCACUGAAAAUCUCCGGAGUUGAAAGUUCCGCAAUUUUCGACCUUCACUCAGUACACACCGUUGCCAGCUUAAGUCUGAGGAAGCAGUCGGUUGCGCCCUCGGUCAUAAGCGAGGAGUACGAGUACCUCAAGGGACUUCCGCUGCGUGGAACCGCCAAGGCUCCACGAAUCCUUAUUGGGGUCGACAACAUUUUCGUUGGACAGGCGCUGAGAACCGUGGAACGAGAGCCGAACGAACCAGCCGCUUCAAAAACUCGUCUCGGUUGGGUGUUGUAUGGGCCAUACAAACAGCCCGGCUCUAAAGAGGUAAAGAUGGCAUCGGUAAAUGCCCACAUCUGUCCGUGCAACAAAGAAAGAGAUGAUAUAAUAAACAUGGCAUUGAAACACUACUUUACGCUAGAGUCACUUGGGAUAUAUCGACCGACUACAAGUUUACGUUCGCGGGAUGAGGAACGCGCGCUGAUGUUGCUUGGAACCAGCGUUCACUUAAAGGAUAAUCGCUACGAGGCUGGUCUGCUGUGGAAGUACGAGGAUGUUAAGUUGCCUGAUAGCCGAGCAAUGGCCCUAAAGCGACACGAGUGUCUCGAAAGAAAAUUGCGAAGAGAUCCCGACCUGGCUAAAGCAAUGCAAAACAAGAUCGUGGAGUACGAGCAGAAAGGGUACGUCAGAAAGCUCACUCCCGAAGAGCAGGUUACUCGAACGCCAAACGACUGGUACCUGCCGAUCUUCCCGGUGACCAAUCCGAAUAAGCCUGGGAAGAUUCGAGUAGUGUUCGAUGCGGUGGCAAAGGCGAACGGAGUAAGCCUAAACUCCAUGCUACUCACCGGCCCGGACCAAUUGGUGAGUCUACUCAUGGUCCUGUUUAAGUUCAGAGAGUACAAGGUGGCAGUGACGGGAGAUAUCCGCGAGAUGUUCUUCCAGGUAGACAUGAACCCUCGCGACCAGCGCAGUCAAAUGUUCUUAUGGAACGACGGGAAACUCGGUAGCGACCCACAGCAUUACGUACUACAAGUGAUGACAUUCGGUGCCGCGUGUUCACCCAGCACCGCGCACUACGUCAAGAACGUAAAUGCGGAAAGGUUCGAGGCUACACUACCCAAAGCUGUGGAGUGUAUAAAGUACGAGCAUUACGUGGACGACAUGCUCGCGAGCGUAGAAACAGAGCAAGAAGCCAUAAAUCUAGCCCGUGACGUCCAGUAUAUACACUCCCAAGGCGGGUUUGAGAUACGGAAUUGGCUGUCCAAUUCCACCACGGUGAAAAUGUUAUUGAAUGGCAACGAGAACAACGGAGUGGACAUUCCUGUCGAGAGCGAAAUGUCAACGGAAAAGGAUCUUGGAAUGUGGUGGAACACAGCGACGGACGUGUUCACGUUUAAAAUAUCCCCGAGAUGCGAUCCACGAGUGCUGCUUGGAAACUUCCUCAUGUAUCUGAAGAUACUUCUACAGGAGUUUUGGCGCGCUAAGAGCCCAUGGGAUGACGAGGCUAUCGGACACCUCGCCGUUAAGUGGCAAAUCUGGGUAACCGCGUUGCCCAAUGUUCAAAGAGUCAGCGUCCCAAGGUGUUAUCGGAGUAAGACGACGGCCAACUCAGAAAGAGUAGAGCUCCACAUGUUCUGCGACGCCAGUGAAAAUGGGGCAUCAGCCGUCGCCUACCUACGAUUCGAGGAAAACGGUGUGAUCGAGUGCGCCCUAGUAGGCUCAAAGACGAAGGUGGCCCCUAUUACGAAGGGCAUAGCCAAAGAGCAUAAACAACUUGAUAGCCUGACGCAUGAAGAGCUGGAGCGUGCAGAAAACGCAAUUUAUCGAGAUGUACAAAGAUCUGAGUAUGCCGACGACAUACAUGUACUCAGCAGUAAAGAAUGUGUGAAGCACCCUUGGAAGCGACCACUGCAGAAAUCGAGCCCGCUGUAUAAGCUAAGCCCGAUGCUGGAUGUGAAUGGAGUGCUACGCAUCAAAGGCAGGAUCGAGAAAUGUGUAUGGGUCGGCGAGGAUACCAAGCGCCCCAUAAUUCUCCCCCGACGGCACUACGUCACUGAACUGCUGAUUAACAGUUACCACAGCAAGUACAAGCACGCCAAUCACCAAACAGUCGUCAAUGAGGUCCGCCUUAAGUAUCACAUCCCGCAGCUCAAGGCCACGUACAACCAGAUUAUCUUUAUUCAGGAGUUUCUUUGGAAUGCCGCUUGUCCGAUGUGGGUCCGGAGGCGUACCGUGGAAACGUGA